CUCGUCAUGACCACGUCGCCAUUUUGAUUCGAAAUUUAUGACUUGAGUUUUUCCUGCCUUGCUUGCUAAACUUAGCCGCGCGUUGAAUAUCUUUAGUGAGUCCAAAUCAUACCUUGUAUAUAUGCAAUAAUACGUAUCGCUGUUAAUGUAAAGGAGCUAUUAAUGUGUAAAAGUUGAGGAUUUAAUUGAUUCCAAAUCUAUAUUUGACUAACGUUAGCUAAGUUGAUCUAGUUCAUGUUAGCCCUGUGCUGUCUCAGACUGAACCAUUUUCAAAACAAACCACUCACAAGCUAACGAAUGCUAGCCAGUUAUGCUAGCUAACUAUUAGCUGGAUAGCUUGUGACCUAGAACACUCUGCUUAUGGAUAAAACCCUCUAAAGUUUAACAGAGAAGUAAGGGACAACACUAGACUUUCAGCCAAAGGGACGCCUGUGGACCACUAUUGGUCCAGGGACCAUAGUUUGAGAAAGACUGCUCUACAGGAACCAGGGUAGUUUUCCGAGAACACCUUCCCCCACCCUUGGAGGUCUCUUGGAGGUUAUGGUGAGCGUCACAGUGUGUCAUCUCCUAAAGAGGCCUGUGUUUUAAGAAAAGACCCAUGCUGAUAAAUGCAACACCUCACCACACACUCUGUUGUCUGCAUAAACUCAAAUGCCUGCCUGUCCGUGGGGAAGGUCUGAUUAAAGAGAUCCAGAUUUCAUCCACUGGCCGAGGCUCCCCACUCCAGUGGCCAACAUGUUUUGGAAGUUUGACCUACACACCACCUCCCACAUCGACCAGUUGCUGGACAAAGAAGAUGUGACCUUAAGAGAGCUGAUGGAGGAAGACGACGUCCUGCAGGAGUGCAAGGCCCAAAACAGACGGUUGCUUCUCUUCCUCUCUCAGGACCACUGCAUGCAAGAGCUAGUCAACCUCAUCACCACAGAGCCCCCUGCUGACCUGGAGGAGAGAAGCCGCUUCAAGUUUCCAAAUAUAGCUUGUGAGCUCCUGACCUCAGAUGUGUCCAUUAUAAAUGAUAAGCUUGGUGGGGAUGAAUCUCUCCUUGAGACUCUCUACAAAUUCCUGGAUAAAGAGCCGCCCCUUAAUCCUUUACUCGCCAGCUUCUUCAGUAAAACCAUUGGCAAUCUGAUUGCCAGGAAAACAGAACAGGUUAUCACAUUUUUGAAGAAAAAGGAAGGCUUUAUUGGUUUGGUGCUUAAACACAUUGAUGCCUCUGCCAUGAUGGACCUGCUUCUUCGCCUUAUCAGUUGUGUGGAACCUGCGCCUUUAAGGCAGGACGUUCUUCAUUGGCUAAAUGAGGAAAAGCUGGUACAGAGACUCAUAGAACUUAUUCAUACUGGCAAUGAUGAAGAAAGACAAUCAAAUGCGUCCCAGACACUUUGUGAUAUCAUCCGCCUUAGUCGAGAUCAGGCCAAUCAGAUGCCUGAUAAUGUGGAGUGUGACCCACUAUUGACUGUACUGGAGUCGCAGGAAACUGUAACAGGGCUUCUCAAGAAUAUGUUUGAGGGGGAGAAGAGUGAGGCCUCCAUUGUUAAUGGAACUCAAGUGCUACUUACCUUAUUGGAGACCAGAAGGUCUGGGUUGGAAGGGUUAAUGGAACUGUAUUCUCAGGGUUACGAAAGGUCUUACACUGUCAACAGCAGUAUUUUAAAUGCCAUUGAGCCCCAUUUAAAAGACUUCCAGCAGCUUCUUCUGGAUCCCCCUAAGAAAAGUGCAAUAUUGAUGACCGUUGGCAUUCUGGAGCAGCCCCUGGGGAAUGCCCGCCUUCAUGUGGCCCGGCUGGUGGCUGCCCUGCUGCAGACUAGUGCACCCAGCAUCUGUCAAGAGCUCUGCAAUCUUGCCACCAUGGACCUACUACUGGAUCUGUUCUUCAAAUAUACCUGGAAUAACUUUUUGCACCUUCAAGUGGAGCUGUGUGUGGCAGCCAUUCUGAACCAUCCUUCAUUAGAGGAACGGCCUGGCCUGGGCCCACAGAACCAUGAAGGGGAUCCAUCAGCAUCCAGCGCUGAGGGGGAGGUAGAGCAAAAGGACACAAGCGACCCAGAAAACUCUGUCCAUAAUCCUCUUGUAACACAUCUUUUCCAGAAGUGUCAGCUUGUUCAGAGGAUCCUGAAUGCCUGGGAGGAGAAUGAUCAAAUACAGGCUGAGGGUGGCACCAGAAGAGGCAACAUGGGUCAUCUGACCAGGAUUGCCAACAUGGUGGUCCAAAACCUGGAAAAGGGACCAGUAAAGGCACAAAUCACAGACCUUAUCAAAGAGCUGCCAGAAGACUGCAGGGGUCGCUGGGAGAACUUCGUUGAUGAAACCCUCAGAGAAACCAACAGAAGGAAUACAGUAGAGCUGGUAAGCACCCACAAUAUCCACUCAUCCAGUGAAGAUGACGACUUCCCCAAUGAUAUGUCUCUGCAACAGACCUUCUCAGACUAUCAGAUCCAACAGAUGACUGCCAACUUUGCGGACCAGUUUGGGUUCCAUGAUGAGGAGUUCAGUGAGCAUGAUGAAAAUAUCAACUCUACCUUUGACAGAAUUACUGAAAUAAAUUUCUCUCUAGAUGCUGAUGAUAAUGGUGCCAAUGCAUCUGCUUUUGAAGCCUGCUGUAAUGAAAGGAUACGUCAGUUUGAUGAUGCUGAAGAGGAAGAAGAGGACAUCUGGGAGGAGAAGGAGAUCAACUAUGCAGCACAAGCUAAAUCCCGAACAAGGUUUGGGGUGUCUCAGACUUCAGAAGGAGGCUCCAGGGGCAGAAUAGAAAAUGGAGGACAGGAGCAGGCCUGUGAGCUGCAAACAGAUGAGGAAGAAGAUACUGAGCAAAGCACAUCAGAUACAGGUCCAGGCUGGACAGCAAAUUUCAGGGAUUCUGGAGGUACUGGUCCACCCCAAGUGCCAACAGGGUGGGAGAGUUCAGGCAGGGGUGAAGCACAAACACAAGUAACAGGCUGGGCCAACUUUAUUGAGUUCCAGCCUUUCACCGGUACUGAGACUGGUCCAAGAUGCAGCUCUCCUGUAGACAGCGGUGAUACUGAGAAACAAGCCAAACAGAACCAUGAGCAGGAGGAUUUUGGUGCCUCUUCAGGUCCUUCUAAACCAGGAGACACACAAACCGCUCCAGUUGUGGCAUCAGACAGCUGUUCCCUCGGGAUAUUCGAAAAUGAAGGACGGGACAAAAACGCUGAUGUUCCUCCUAAAGCAGUCUCCUCAGAAAUGGCCCCUACCAACCAGACAGCCGACCUCAAAAGUGAGGAGUGUCCAGUGUCCCUGGAGAAGCUCUGUCUGUCAGAUCCUCUUCCCCCUUCACAGCAGCAUGCUGCAGACUCAUCUGUAAACACACAGACUAAUGAGAAAGAGGACUCGUCACAGACCCAGGAAGUGUCUGUCAAUGGACCGGUGUGAGGACGCGUUCAUCCAGAACCUAUCAGUGACCAUGCCACAGGCUGUCAGCCUCCUCCAGAGUGACUCUCCCAAACAGCCUCACUGCAGCUCCAGUGUUUUUACUGAAUCACAUUGCCACGUUAUUGGAUCUGGACACUGCCACCCAACACCAAUAAUGAGGGGGCAGAACAUUUAAAACAAAGAAGAAAACUAGAAAAAGCCAACAGACAGAGCAAAGUUCAGAUAUCAUCUUUUCUCCCCCAGAUGUUGCAUAUCACUCAGUGCAUUUUCAAUGUAGCAGCAACCUUUGAAACUACAUGAUCUGCAGGGUAACAUCUUAAUUUUUUUAAACUCUGAAGGUUUUCUCCUUUUUUCCACAGAUUUGGAUUUUAUAAGGUCACGUCUGAAUGGAUAGCACAAGCUAACUUUUAACAAUGCCUCAACCAGAAAUACCUGCUUUUAUUUUUAAUACAAUUUUUCUUCAAGCUUAAAGAAAAGCACUUAUGUCAGCAUUUGCUGUAUGUAAUAGCACAAUGUUCAUCUCUGCUGGCUUUCUCAUCUGUCCUCUGAUCCACAUCAGUGUUUCUACUCAUUGUUUAGUUUGUUUUUCCCAAUUUAUGGUUUCUGGUAAUGAAAUGUGUCAUCCAUCACCAGGUUGAAUGUUUGACGUGUGUCAGGGGGGAAAAUGAGGGGAGUGCUGUAAUAGUAUUACUGUUUUUGCUCAUGUGCAAUAAUGUUGGUUUACCUUUUCUUUCUUAAGAGAGAAAUUGAAAAAAUGUUCAGUCCAACCUUGGUGACGUUUGGUGUGGCUUUGGGCAAACAAAUUUGGAUCUAAUCUCAAACUUAUUUUUCAGAUUUUUACUUGUUUUCUUUUUGUCUACUUUUAGUGCAUGUAUAUCAGGUUCUCUGUUGACCUCGCUAGUGAGCUAAGACCUUCUGAUUGUAAUGAACUUAAAGAUCAGACUGCUAUCCUCCACAAAUCAGCCAAACAUUAUCUACCUAUAUACAAAUAUUAUCUACAUUUAAAAGUAACUUCACAAGCAUUUUUGAGAUUUUUAUUGUCUGAUCCUUUUCUCUUGCUGUGUCUUCACCAAGCACUUAUUCACACAGCAAUAGGGGCAUCUGAUGCUGUUUGUUGGGUUAUGUUUUUUUUGUUUUGUUGAAGCAGUAGGAUUGGAAGGAGUGCAGGUCUGCAGGCCUCCAGGUCUCUUUGAUGUUCUCAUUGAAAUUCUUUAGCAGUGAUCAGCUUCUAUGAUUGCUGUUUUUUUUUUUUUUUAACUAAAACAUUUAAAUUAAAAGCAUCUGGUUUACCACAUUCAGACCAA